GGGACAGGGAAUAAAUCCGACGUGUAGAAUGCUUUGCCUCAGGAGGAUCGACGCGAAGAAUGGAUUAAUGAAGAGAAAAAUUGUUGAAAGUGAAGAACGAAUAUUGCAUCGCAAGCACCAACUUAACGUUGCACAAGUUCUUUAUGGAAAAGAUGAACAGGAAAUAGAGGAAAGACUCAAGGGACCAAGAAACUUUUUGGACGGAUAUUACAUUUACUACCUCAACGGCCUGGAAGGAUGCCAGAAACAUACUGAAAAUAUGAAAAAUGAAGAUUUGACGAAUCGAACACCGUGGUCACAAGCGAAACCUGAAGAAUAUGAAAUUGACUUGGGCGAACAACUUGAAAAAACGAAAGCAGAAACGAAACGCAUCAUAAAACGCGCAUUUACACCGGGAUUGCAAUUGGGAAAAAAGUACAUUGAGUCCUGGAGCGAUGGAACUCAGGUUGCAUUUUUCAAGCGAUUUUACGAAAGCGCGCAACGUUUGGAUGCUGUGCACAUGGUCCGAGAUAAUGUCAAAAAAGUCAUAGAGGUUUGGGGAAAUCAUGAUGGGAAUCAGGAAGACGAUAAGAAAGAAUAG